UGAGAUUAGAGAGAAAGGCUCUCUUUUGACUUCUGUAAACUCUCAAUAAAUAUGUCCCCAGUUCUCAUAACCCAAGUAUUGUGAAGAAACAUGUGACAUCUGCCAUUUUGAAAGCCCCACUUGAAUCAUAGCAGAGGUAUCAGAGAGAGAGAGAGAGAAAGAGAGAGUACUCAUACAUUCAUACAGAGAGAGGAGAUGGGAAGGGCUCCUUGUUGUGACAAGUCGAAUGUGAAAAGAGGGCCAUGGUCACCUGAAGAAGAUGCAAAGCUGAAAGAGUACAUAGAUAAAUAUGGGACUGGACGGAAUUGGAUUUCUCUUCCUCAGAAAGCUGGUCUUAAGAGGUGUGGGAAAAGCUGCAGAUUAAGAUGGCUAAACUAUCUCAGACCCAACAUUAAACACGGUGAUUUUUCUGAUGAUGAAGAUAGGAUAAUUUGCAGCCUCUUUGCUGCAAUCGGAAGCAGGUGGUCAAUAAUAGCAGCUCAGUUGCCAGGCAGAACUGAUAACGAUAUUAAGAACUACUGGAACACCAAGCUGAAGAAGAAACUGGAGGGUAUGUUUCCUCAAGCCCAGAGGAAAAAUCUCCAUUCAACUUUGCUUAAAAUUUCAGCAUCCUCAAUAUCAUCAUCUGCAACACCUACAAUAUCAUACAAAGGCAGCAACAGUACUAGUUACUACACUCCAACCACUGCUUUUACAGAAAUGGAACCCUUUUCAUUCACCUCAAGCUCUUUGAGGGACAAUUAUUCCAGUUAUGCAGCCCCAUUUCUUCAAGACCAAGAAAACUACGUAGCUCAGCAGCAAAAUUACCUUGUAAAAGAUAUUCAGCCAAGCUUUGGAAGUGAAGUUAGCUGCAGCUCUUCUGAUAGAAGUUCUAAUAACCUCAUCAGCCAUAGCAAAGAAGGAGACUUUGAAUAUGGUGGUGGCAGCACAGGAGUUGGAGCAGUUGAAACUUGUGGUGAAGGACAAGUACUGGGUCUAAAGAACUGCUUUUUCAAUGGGGCCCAAGGAAACCAGAGCUCUCUCAUGACUUCUAAUGGUGGUGAUAAUGUUAACGAUUGGAUGGAAAAGCAAAAUGGUAUGUGGGAAGAAACCCCAUUAGACUACGGCCUUGAAGAAAUUAAGCAGUUGAUUAGCUCUACUGGUGGCAACAGCGUCUUGUUUGAUGAACACAAGACCCAGGAAAAGAUGUUGUACUAGUACUGAUGCUUGCUGUGGGUAAAAUAAAAAAGAUUUGCAAAGAAAGGAUGGGAUGAUUGAAGGUUCAACUUAGCAAACAGAUUAAAGAUUCGCUUAGGAAAAAAAAAAAAAAAGUUGAAAGAGUCAAAUUUGGACUCGUGUUUGUGGGAAUUUGUUGAUGUUCUUGAUGGAAACACUUCAUUGACAGUACAGGUAAAAGUUGUGCA